UGCUACGUCGACAGGAGAGCCACAGAGCUGUAAACGGAUCGCUCGAGCAUCGCAGAGAGGGAUGUAGCUGGGUAGGAAGCGGACAGUACACAAGACAGACUUCGUAAUUUAGCUCUCAGAAUAUAGCUCAGCGUGUCAGUCACAGCAGAAAUAUUACUUCACGUCAUGGGAGAGAUCAUAUGUAAUCACAUAAUAACACAGCCUGGAUGUUUUUUCUAACGGACACAAGAAGACGUGCCUGUAAACGGAACUAUUUAUGGUUUGGGAAGGUUUUAUGGGAGUAGUUAGCUAGCCAGCUAGCAACCUUGCUGGCUCGUUGGAGGAAAUUUUGCAAGGAUGCUACGGUGGAUAAGGCAACAGCUGGGCUUUGACCCUCCCCAUCAAAGUGACACCAGAACGGUUUACAUCGCAAACCGCUUCCCUCAACAUGGCCAUUAUGUCCCUCAGCGGUUUGCAGACAACAGAAUCAUAUCAUCCAAGUACACCGUUUGGAAUUUUGUUCCCAAGAAUCUGUUUGAACAGUUCAGAAGAAUAGCCAAUUUUUAUUUUCUCAUCAUAUUCCUGGUCCAGCUAAUGAUAGACACCCCCACUUCCCCUGUCACCAGCGGACUUCCUCUGUUCUUUGUCAUCACAGUAACUGCCAUCAAACAGGGCUAUGAGGACUGGCUGAGGCACAAGGCGGACAACGAGGUGAACGGGGCGCCUGUGUUUGUGGUGCGCAGUGGCAGCCUCGUGCAGACCCGCUCAAAGAACAUCCGAGUGGGGGACAUAGUCCGGGUGGCCAAAGAUGAGACGUUCCCAGUGGACCUGGUCCUCUUAUCAUCGGACCGAGCUGAGGGGACAUGUCACAUCACCACCACCAGCCUGGACGGAGAGACUAAUCUCAAGACUCACUACUCUGUGCCGGAGACAUUGGUGUCUCAGUCGGUGUCCAGGCUGGAAGCCCUACAUGCUGUGGUGGAGUGUCAGCAGCCAGAUGCAGAUCUGUACAGGUUUGUCGGACGAAUAACGGUAACACAACAAGGAGAAGAAAUUGUAAGACCCCUUGGACCAGAAAACCUACUGCUUCGAGGAGCAAGAUUAAAAAAUACCAAAGAAAUUUUUGGUGUGGCAGUUUACACUGGGAUGGAGUCCAAGAUGGCCCUGAACUACAAGUGCAAAUCCCAGAAGCGCUCUGCAGUGGAGAAGUCCAUGAACACCUUCCUGCUCAUCUACCUGGGCAUCCUGCUGUUUGAGGCCAUCCUCAGCACUAUCCUGAAGUACGCCUGGCAGGCUGAGAACAAAUGGGACGAGCCCUUCUACAACCAGAAGACGGAGCAGGAGAGAAACAGCAGCCAGAUCCUGAAGUUCAUCUCUGAUUUCCUGGCGUUUCUGGUCCUGUACAACUUCAUCAUCCCCAUCUCGCUCUACGUCACCGUGGAGAUGCAGAAGUUCUUGGGCUCGUUUUUCAUUGGCUGGGACUUGGACCUCUAUCACGAGGAGAGCGACCAGAUGGCUCAGGUCAACACGUCCGAUCUGAACGAGGAGCUGGGACAGGUGGAAUAUGUAUUCACGGAUAAAACCGGCACCCUGACGGAGAACGAGAUGCUGUUCCGUGAAUGUUCAAUCAACGGUAUCAAAUACCAGGAAAUCAAUGGAAAGCUUGUACCUGAGGGGAUGACGGAUGACUCGCUUGACGGAUCUGUGCCUGAUCUGAGUCGGGAGGAGUUGCUGUUCCUGAAGGCAGUGUCGCUGUGUCACACAGUGCAGAUCAGCUACGAGCAGCCAGGCGACGGCCCGGGGGAUCCCUUCUCCCACGCUAACGGCUUCUCCUCCCAGAUGGAGUACUAUGCCUCCUCGCCGGACGAGAAAGCACUGGUGGAAGCCACGAAAAGGAUGGGGGUAACCUUCAUUGGUAGCCAUGGAGAAACUAUGGAAAUAAAAACAUUUGGAAAGUCAGAAAAGUUUAAACUACUCCAUGUACUUGAGUUUGAUGCAAACAGAAGGAGAAUGAGUGUCAUAUUACAGACACCACCAGGGGAAAAAGUACUAUUUACAAAGGGAGCUGAGUCCGCCAUUCUUCCCUUUACUACAAGUGGAGAAAUCGACAAAACCAAAGUACAUGUAGAUGAAUUUGCCUUGAAGGGCCUGCGGACGUUGGUGGUGGCCUGCAGACACUUCAGUGUGGAGGAGUAUGAGGUGGUGGACCGGCGGCUCCACGAGGCCCGCACGGCCCUGCAGCAGAGGGAGGAGAGGCUGGCCGAAGUCUUCAGCUUCAUAGAGAAGGACCUGGAGCUGCUGGGAGCCACUGGUGUGGAAGACAAGCUGCAGGAGAAGGUCCAGGAAACCAUUGAGGCGCUGCGUCUGGCCGGGAUCAAGGUGUGGGUGCUAACCGGGGACAAGCACGAGACGGCGGUCAGUGUCAGCCUCUCCUGCGGCCACUUCCACCGCACCAUGAACAUCCUGGAGCUGGUGCAGCAGAAGUCUGACAACGAGUGUGCUGAGCAGCUCCGACAACUGGCAAGGAGGAUCAAAGAGGACCAUGUGAUCCAACAUGGCUUGGUGGUGGAUGGGGCCAGCCUGUCUCUGGCGCUGCGGGGGCACGAGAAGCUCUUCAUGGAGGUGUGCAAGAACUGCUCUGCCGUGCUGUGCUGCCGGAUGGCGCCCCUGCAGAAGGCUAAGGUGGUGAGAUUGCUGAAAACAUCUCCAGAGAAACCCAUCACUUUAGCCAUUGGGGAUGGAGCCAAUGAUGUCAGCAUGAUUCAAGAAGCCCAUGUUGGCAUAGGAAUCAUGGGCAAGGAGGGAAGACAAGCAGUACGAAACAGUGACUAUGCAAUAGCAAGGUUUAAAUUCCUUUCCAAAUUGCUGCUUGUCCAUGGCCACUUCUACUACAUUAGAAUAGCAACCCUUGUACAGUACUUUUUUUACAAGAAUGUGUGCUUUAUUACGCCCCAGUUUUUAUACCAGUUCUUCUGUCUGUUUUCACAACAAACUCUGUAUGACAGCGUCUACCUGACGCUCUACAACAUCUGUUUCACCUCCCUGCCCAUACUGGUGUACAGCCUGUUUGAGCAACUGGUCCAUCCGCAUGUGCUGCAGAGCAAGCCAGUGCUCUACAGAGACAUCAGCAAGAACUCCCUCCUCUCCUUCAAGACCUUUUUGUACUGGACACUGCUGGGCUUCUGCCACUCAUUUGUCUUCUUCUUUGGUUCCUACAUCCUGAUGGGGGAGGACACAUCUCUCAUGGGGAAUGGACAGAUUUUGAGAGCUAACAGACAACUGAUGUUUGGAAACUGGACCUUUGGCACUUUGGUAUUCACAGUAAUGUUCAUCACUGUUACACUGAAGCUGGCCUUGGAGACCCACUUCUGGACGUGGAUGAAUCACUUUGUUACCUGGGGCUCCAUCGCCUUCUACUUCGUCUUCUCCCUGUUUUAUGGGGGAAUCAUCUGGCCUUUCCUCCACACCCAGGACAUGUACUUUGUCUUCGUCCAGCUGCUGUCCAGCGGCUCUGCCUGGUUCGCAAUCAUCAUCAUCAUAAUCACCUGCCUUUUCCCUGACAUCAUCAAGAAGGUGUUCUACAGGCACCUCCAGCCCACCAGCACCCAGAGGUCUCAGCUUAUUGAGACCAACUACCAGGGCAUCAGCUGCGUGGACUCGAUGUGCUGCUACUCGGAGGGGGAGAACGGGUGCACCCGGCUGGGCCGGAUGGUGGAGCAAGUGAUGGGCCGCUGCGACCCUGCCCGCGCCAACAGAUCGAGGAGCAACUCGGACCCCUUCUAUUCCAACGACCGGAGCAUCUUGACGCUCUCACCCAUGGAGGCCACUCAUUGCUAAGGUAGCAGAGAGCAGUAGUCCCGCCAGGCGCCCUGUCCUGCCCUGCCCCAUGGCCACAGAGGGACUACUCACCGCAAGGCCCAGGGCUGACCACCUCAGUGGACAGUCAGACUAUAUCUCAAGAGAAGAAUGUUGAAAGCCAGGAGAGGCUCUGCACCACCAUUUUGAGAGAGAUGCUGCAUUGGCCUCUCUGUUCUGUUCCUGUAAAUAAUAAAAGGGAAUAAGACCAAAGAAGGAUUUGGUAGACUUAAGUGAAAAAGAACAUGGUCUACUACUUUGCGCCUGUAGGUUAGUGCUGCUGCUGCUGCUUCACCACCUGACUAUCUGAAAGGUCUGCCAUCUUUCCUGAGGAAAUUAGGUGGGCCUUUUUAAAGCCAUACCCUCCAUUUUUACUACCUGAUUUUUCAAGGUAUGAAAACGUGAAAGCAGUUAGGUCAGGUCUCAAGUCAGUUGCUUUUUUUGGAAACUGUCCCUGAAAUGCCUUUUCUGCACAGAUUGUUAGCGUUGCGUUCGUUCCGAAAUGUCGACAGGAGAAUGUUCCUAUAAUAGCUUCCAAUGAGAGAUGGGUCGUUCCACCAAUACGGUACCUUUUGAGAAGUGUAACUUGGUCCCCAAAAAAUGGUCACCUAAUUUUAACA